AUGGUCACUAUAAUAGUACCUCUUGUCCUCGGGAUAUUCCUAGCAGCUCUGGACGCCACGAUCGUCGUCUCUUCGUACACGGUCAUUGGCAGCGAGCUCAAUCAACUCCAGAGCACCAGCUGGAUCGCUACGGCAUACAUGCUCACAGCCACCAGCUUCCAAGCACUCUAUGGCAAACUCAGUGAUAUCUUCGGUCGCAAGACAUGCUUGCUCUUUGCCUAUACCGUCUUCGCGCUGGGCUGUCUAUUCUGCGGUAUCGCGAGGAACAUGACGGAGCUCAUUGCCGCUCGGGCGCUUGCUGGCGCGGGAGGUGGGGGAAUGUCUACGGUCGUCAGCAUCAUUCUGUCCGAUGUCGUCCCCCUACGAUCUCGCGGCACCUGGCAGGGCAUUCUCAAUGUGAUAUUUGCGACCGGCUCCGUAACGGGCGCUCCCCUCGGUGGCAUCCUCGCCGACAGCAUCGGCUGGCGAUGGGCCUUCCUCAUCCAAGUCCCCAUCGCCACGCUCGCCAUCGUCGCCGUCAUCAUUUUCCUCCACCUCCCGCACACCGACCACUCCCACUUCCGCGCCAAGCUCCGCCGCGUCGACUUUCCGGGCGCCGUCCUCCUCAUACUCACCAUCUUCUCCAUGCUUUUCGCCCUUGACCGCGGUGGGAACGUCUCUUGGACGGACCGCGCCACGAUCGCCUCCACCCUCGUCUUCCUCGUCUCCUUCCCCGUCUUCCUUUUCGUAGAGUUCCGCGUCGCCGCUGAGCCCUUCGUGCCCCUGCGCCUGGUUGGCAACCGCGACCUGAUGGCGAGCCUGAUGACGAACUUCUGGCAGUUCUUCACUGCGACGCCCGUGCUGUUCAAUCUGGCGCUGUACUACCAGGCCGUGAUGAACCUAAGCGCCGGGCAGGCGGGCGCGUACCUCAUCCCGAGCGUCAUCGCGGGGACGACAGGCAGUCUGGGCGGCGGGCUCAUCAUGCAGAAGACGGGGAAGUACUACCGGCUGACGGUCGCAGCGUACGUGCUGUUCGCGGCGGGCGUGGCGGGGACCGCGCUGAAUACCGGGACGGCAAAGCAUGCGCUGGUCUGGUUCGUCGUCGCGCUGCUGGUGCAGGGGAUUGGUGGGGGCACCGGUGUGACGACGAGCCUGAUAUCGCUCAUUGCUAAUGCGGGGCCGGAGGAUCAGGCAAUCGCGACAGCAGGCUCGUACCUCUUCCGCUCUCUGGGCCAGGUCACCGGCCUUGCGAUCGCGAGCACCAUCCUGCAGGAUGUGCUCCGUAAGACGCUGCACCAUAGGCUGCACGGGCAGGACGUCGACGAGAUCGUCAAGCGCGUCCGCGAGUCGCUCGCCUACCUCGAAGAGCUCGAUCCUGAGUCAAGGGGCAUCGUUCGCUACUCCUACGAGCACGCACUGAACACGGUAUUCUGGUUCACCGCGGGGACGGCGGCGCUGGCGCUUGUCUCUUCGAUCUUCAUCAGGGAGACGGAGCUGGGGAAGAGGUAG